GGAUAAUACCGCGGCCCUCCCGCUAGUGAGCAACGUGUUAUCCGCCUGAGAGUGCAAGCUUCGUGCACUGUUUACCUAAAUACCGAUGAUGGUGCGACGCAGCGGACGAUACACUGUUAACUGGCGAGGAUUUAAGGAUUUCGCCUUUGGAAAUAAGCCCCCCGACGAAGAAAAGGAGGAGCAGAAACCUGAAGAAGAUUUAGCUAAUCAUGAAGUCAUAUUUUUGAAAAGUAUAGUUGAGAGUCCAGAUUUUGCGAGGAAAUGUGAGUCUAUCGAUUCGGAGGAGGACUUGAUCGUAAAACCAGUCUCGCUGGGCAACGUAAACAUCAUACGAUCACUAAGCGAGUACCGUGGCAACAAUAUACGGACUAUUGAACAAGCCGAACUCGCUAUAAUUGUGUCCAGGGCACACUUUAAGGCUUUAAUAGAGGCUCAUGACCAAAUAGGUGCAAUUUGGCUAGACCGAGGUUCUGGUAUUGAUGAGAAGCCACCGCUGCCUGAGUUAGAAGGGGACAAAGACACGGCAGAAGGUGCUAACGGAGGUACUGAGGAAAACGGUGACAUGCCUGUUGAGACUGUGAAAGUUGUGGGGCUCAGGAAAGUUCCUGGGCAGCCUUUAGGAUUAACUGUAACUACCGAUGAGCAUGGCCAACUCAUAGUAGCUAGGAUAUUAGCGGGCAGUGCUGCCGCUAAACAAGCAUUAGUGUCCAUAGGAGAUGUAUUGUUAGAAGUAGAUGGUGUCCACAUAGACUCUGAAGAUCAGCUCAAGGAGGCUGUAGCUAAGCCCAAUGACAGGAUCACACUGAAAGUUGGGCCCAACCUCAAGGAGAAGACUGCUCAGUUAACUAAUAAGUUAAGUUGCUACAUGAGAGCCCUAUUUGAUUAUAACCCUAAGGAAGACACUUUACUGCCAUGCAAGGAAAUCGGACUGGAAUUCAAAAGAGGAGACAUUUUACAAGUAUCAGACCGCAAAGACCCUAACUGGUGGCAAGCGAGUCACGUGGAGAACCCUGACACAGUUGGACUGAUACCCUCACCUGAGCUGGAGGAGAGAAGGAAGGCAUACGUCGCUCCUGAAGCUGACUUCGUGCACAAAAUCAGCAUCUGCGGUGCGAGGAUAUCAAAGAAGAAAAAGAAGUUUGUAUACGAGUCACGAUCCAGUGUGCAGCUAGAAGGCGCUGAGUUAGCGUUGUACGAAGAAGUCGCAAGGACUCCGCCAUUCCUACGCCGUGUGCUCGCCUUGGUGGGGACCCGGGGUGUGGGCAGAAGGACUAUCAAGAACCGCAUGAUUCAGGAACAUCCAGACAGAUUUGGAGCUGUUGUGCCUCACACAUCUCGCCCUCCCCGGCCGAUGGAAGAGAACGGCCAGUCCUACUGGUUCGUGUCCCGCGAGGAGAUGGAACGCGACGCCCACGCCGGCCGGUUCCUGGAAUACGGCGAACAUAACGGACAUCUGUACGGGACCCAUCUUGAUUCUAUACGGGCUGUUAUGAAGGAUGGGAAAAUGUGCAUUUUGGACUGCGCGCCCCAAUCUCUAAAACUGCUGCACAACAGCGGUGAAUUUCUCCCAUUCGUGGUAAUGAUAGCGGCGCCUGGUAUCGAACAACUGAGGAAUCUCACUUACGCCUCCAAUCGUAACUUAACGUUCGACAGGCAGAGCUCCAUCCGCUACAGUUCCCGCCGCGCGCGCACACUUGAGUCUCUCGCGUCACUGUACGAGGAAGAAGACAUGAAACAAACGCUAGAAGACAGCGCCCGCAUUCAGAGGCAGCACGAAAAGUACAUAGAUCUUGUAAUCACAAACAACAAUACUGACACGACUUAUUCAAAAAUAAUGGACGCUUUGCACUCACUGUCCACCGACCACCAGUGGGUUCCAGUCAGUUGGAUUUACUAGCAUUACUAAAAUAUGUUUCAAAACGCGCAUUUUCUAUUGCGCUUGCGGCCUCGGCUACGCUAGCCUUGCCAUCGACAAAUAUUCGUCUUCCCGCACUGAAUUAAUUUAGCGUCAAAAUAUUUUUAACAUAUCUAAGCUUCGACGACGUAGUCAAAACCUUUAAAAGCGGUUUCAAACUAGCCGAUCAACUUUAAGAAAAACCGACGUUUUUGGCAUAAGGCGUUACGUUUAAAUACUAGAGUCUAUAAAGAACCGUAUUUGCAGACUUUCACAAUAUAAUCACAGUAACAUCACUUUCUUUAAAUAUGCAUUUAAUAUCGCCUACAAUGGUAAUGCUGCAAUUUUUAAAUAAAACCUUAAUUAUAAGAAUGAAAUAUACAUCACAAGGUUGUAAAAAUAUGACCUUAAAAUAUUAAUUAAAUGAAUUUAUCCUAAAUUAUGUGCGGAAGUAUUUCAGUGUGCCACUUAUGAACUUUCUUAAAGAAUCAAUAAAGCUAUUUAUUUAAACAAGGCAUUCCAAUUAAUUAAAUACGACAUUAUGUUACCAUUGGUAAUGUUAGAUAACAUCUAUACAUGUAACUGUAACAGUUAUUCUUUAAAAACGUUCAACUAUAGGGUAAUUAUUGUUACGAACGCUGCUCAUCAGUCAACGCCUCAAUGGACUGACGUAUGAAUAAAAAGUAAAGAAAAUUAAGUAGCGAACUUUAUGUAAUAACGAAAUAAUUCAAUUAUAUUCCCACCUGAGGUAUUGAGCAUCGCAUUAGUAUGUGUAAGUCUUAUUGUGCAGCUGUAUGGCCUAAAUGAUAAGUAUGGAGUAUAUUUUGUACGAAUUAAAAGAUGUUUGUAGUAUAAACUUCUUGCUUUUAGUUAAUGUAAGAUAGAUGCAUUUCUAUUAAGCUGUAUCACACUGCCGUUUAAAGGAAUUAUUGUUUUGAAAUACUUUAAAUCGGAAUAAUAACAUCACGCAAAAUCACAUCACAUUUUAAACAAAAGUAUUACAGCAAUUCUACAAUUAUUUUUCUCAUAUUUUUUUUAACCGAGAGAUUUAUUCACUAGGAAAAAUAUUAUUGUGUAGUAAUUUGUAACGAUAAGGAAACACGAAAAUAAUUCUAAUUGUAACAACUGAUAGGUAAUAAUAUUAGUUAGUAAGAAUAUUUUUUCAAUUAUAUUAAGUUAAUAUUUGUAUGUAUAUUUCUGUAAAGUAGGAAACAAGACAAGCUGAUUAGUUCAUACAGAAGUGUAUUGCAUUAUACCGAUGGUAUUAAGGUGCCGAAAUAUGGCAGCUUCAAUUUUUGCUUACUUUAUUGUAUCACUUAUUUAAGCGUUUAUUGUGAACCUAGCUUGUACUUCAUUAAGAAUCUCACAUUCCGUCCAUUUUCUUUUGUUAUUUAGCUAUAAAUUUUAUUGUGUCAAGAUUUAUUCAAUAUACAUUAUGUAACUACAUUGCUUCAUUUUAUUUCAAUGCUUUAUAUCAAUAAAAACUACGCAUUUACUCUUGAA